AUGGAACCAAAUGGCAAUACUGAGCAUCAUGUCACUGAAGACUUCACUCAAGCGUAUAAUGUAUUCGAUCUACACACCGUAGCUGACAAACAGGAUGAUGUACCAAUCAAUGAGAGUCGAGCACUGCACACAAAACACUACUGGAAAGCAUUCUUAGGAAUUACAAUGGGAUUACUGGCAGGUGUACGUCUAGGUAUCUCUGAUAUAUUCGCUCUGUUAUGUGUAAAGAUUGGUUAUUCACCAUCACAGGUUAUACUUGUCAAAUCAUUGAUGAUGAUGGCAAUAACUAUCCCGUUGCUUGUCUACAAGAAAAUUAAUAUUCUGAAACUCAAACGGAAAGACACUAUUUUGAACAUUGUGAAAAGUGUUAGUGAGAACGGAGCAGACGUAGUCUUCUAUUACGCCAUGGAUGGGAUUGGAAUGGGAGAUGCAACCUCAUUAGCAGCAGGUACAUUACCAAUAUUUGCACCUGUGUUUGCCUGCAUAUUCAUACAAGAGAAGUAUAAACCCCGUGACUGUAUUGGUAUUGCCAUAAAUGUUGCUGGUAUCAUAUUAAUAUCACGACCUGAAUUCAUAUUUGGUACAGCUGCCGCUUCCUCGGAUCUUGGUUAUAUGUAUGCUGUAGCAGCAGGUCUCUUUAUAUCCAUCGGUGCUGUAUGUGCUAGAACGAUGUCUGAUGAUCUUUCCCUAAUAGUUGUAAUUUUCUAUAAUGGGUUAUUUGUUUAUGUUGAUAUUAGUGUACCCUACAAGUAG